UGUUAUAAUAUUCAGUCGGAGAACAGGUGCAUGCAUACGGACGCGUUACGUUGCAUUGACCGCAUCAGCGUUAAAAACAUAUCGGGGGAAAUUAAUGGAGCCUGGUCGCGUUCACGGGUUUACUGCGGCUCAACUGGGGACACAUCAUAUCAAGGAGUCCAAACAGGUACCAAGAGAAGCUUUACUGGACGGACAGUAUCACGCUGCAUUGUGGACCAGACUGUAUUGAGAUGGACUGUAACUUAGGUGUCGUUUGGAGACGUUGCGCGUUUGCAGGAGCGAUUCACCCAGUUUUAUUCUAAUGCUACUGUACGGUGUAUUGGGUCAUGUUGUCUGCGUUCAACACGUUGCCUGAGAGCCAGGCUGGAACAGGUCACUGGUUCACUCCAUCCACAAUUUAGGAUGACGCCUCUCGGUCACACCUGCUCGGUCGCCUCCCUGUUUCCUCGCCCCGUCUCCACAGUUCAAACACAGCGUCAGCAGACUGAGCGCUCCUGAGCUCCCGCCGAGGCUCCUCACUUUGUUUGGCUUUCCUGGCUGGCGUCCCAGGGAGGUGAUGCGACGGUUUGUCUACUGUAAGGUGGUGCUGACCACCUCUUUAGUGUGGGUGCUGGUGGACGUGUUCCUGCUGCUCUACUUCAGCGAGUGCAACAAAUGUGAUGACAGGAAAGAUCGCUCGCUGCUCCCUGCCCUGCGAGCGGUGAUAUCUCGGAGCCAUGAGGGUCCCGGGGAGAUGGGCAAGGCGGUGAACGUCCCCAAGGACGAGCAGGAGAAAAUGAAGGAGCUGUUUAAGAUUAACCAGUUCAAUCUGAUGGCCAGCGACAUGAUCGCUCUCAACAGGAGUCUGCCAGACGUCAGGUUGGACGGCUGUAAGACCAAGCUGUAUCCAGACGACCUGCCCAACACCAGCAUCGUCAUCGUGUUUCACAACGAGGCGUGGAGCACGCUGCUGCGGACCGUCCACAGCGUCAUCAACCGCUCGCCCAGACACCUGCUGGUGGAGAUUGUGCUGGUGGAUGAUGCCAGCGAGCGAGACUUCCUGAAGAAGAAGUUGGAGAACUACGUGCGGACUCUGGAGGUGCCUGUGAGGAUCCUGAGGAUGGAGCAGCGUUCAGGUCUAAUCAGAGCCAGGUUGAGGGGUGCGGCUGCCACCAAAGGCCAGGUCAUCACCUUCCUGGACGCUCACUGCGAGUGUACUGUCGGCUGGCUGGAGCCCCUGCUGGCUCGCAUCAGAGAGGACAGGACGGCGGUGGUGUGCCCUAUCAUCGAUGUCAUCAGCGACGAGACGUUUGAGUACAUGGCGGGCUCAGAUAUGACCUACGGCGGAUUCAACUGGAAGCUGAAUUUCCGCUGGUACCCCGUUCCCCAGCGGGAGAUGGAUCGACGCAAGGGGGACAGAACACUUCCUGUCAGGACUCCAACCAUGGCAGGAGGAUUAUUCUCUAUAGACAAAACAUACUUUGAAGAAAUAGGAAGCUACGACCCAGGGAUGGAUAUCUGGGGUGGAGAGAACCUGGAAAUGUCUUUUCGGAUCUGGCAGUGCGGUGGCUCGCUGGAAAUCGUGACCUGUUCCCACGUGGGCCAUGUUUUCCGGAAGGCCACCCCGUACAGUUUCCCCGGAGGAACCGGCCAAGUCAUCAACAAGAACAACAGGCGUCUGGCUGAAGUGUGGAUGGAUGAUUUCAAAGACUUCUUCUAUAUCAUAUCACCAGGCGUGAUGCGUGUGGACUACGGGGACGUUUCUUCCCGUAAAGACCUCCGUGAGGCCUUGAAGUGCAAACCGUUUUCCUGGUAUCUAGAGAACAUCUACCCCGACUCCCAGAUCCCGAGGAGAUACUACUCACUUGGUGAAAUCAGAAAUGUUGAGACCAACCAGUGUGUGGACAACAUGGGGAGGAAGGAGAACGAGAAGGUCGGCUUUUUCAACUGUCAUGGCAUGGGAGGAAACCAGGUGUUCUCUUACACGGCGGAUAAGGAAAUUAGAACAGAUGACCUCUGUCUGGACGUCUCCCGCCUCAACGGACCCGUCGUCAUGCUCAAGUGUCACCACAUGAAGGGCAAUCAGAUGUUCGAGUACGAUGCCGAGCGACUCACCCUGCUGCAUGUGAACAGCAACCAGUGUUUGGACAUGCCGUCUGAGGAGGACAAGAUGGUCCCCACGCUGAGAGACUGCAACGGCAGCCGCGCUCAGCAGUGGCUGCUCCGUAACAUGACCCUGAGCGUCUGAUCCCUCGCCUCAUUUCUCUCCCCCACCACUCUGUCCUCAUCCUAAGCAGUCCUGGCUCUCCACACCCUCGCCAGGUGGCUCUUACCACAGCACACCAUACGCCUCUUCCUGUAACAGCCUGGCCAGCGAAUACAGAGAUCCAGGCAGCAGUGGCUUAUCUAUCAUUACGAAAGGUGUCUCCUAUUACAGGCCGAAAGGAUUCGAGAGAAGCCGCACCUGCCGUUCGGGAGACACGACGAGCCGUGUCCCCGGGGGGCCUCGUGGUGUCGGAGCGGGGAGAACGAUGUGUGAGGUCUGUGCAUGGAGAACAUCGAAAUCAAAGCAGUCUGCGCUGCUGCUGCUCAGACUGCCGCUUAGCUGCUGGACAAACAGACAAAAAGAAGAGCAUCUACAACAAGAAUAUCGCAAGGCACGUCUCUGCGAUGUCUGCACUGUAAAUCACCUCCCUUGUGCUGUGUACACGCAGUGCACUGUUGGUACAAUCAAAAAACAAAGACUGUUGUCAUGACUGCUGCUCAUCCUCUCUCCAUAUCAGUGUCUCAGUUACAUUCGAAAAACAGGAAUGUUUUUAAUAGAGCCCGACCAACAUUAGAUUUGUGAAACAGGUUAAAACAUUUCAUAUUCAUACAGUGGGUGCACUGAUAUUUGGUUUAAAAUCAAUCUGGAAUUUGAAUUCUCAUAACUGCUGCCCCCGCGACCCGGCCCCGGAUAAUUGGGUGAGAAUGGAUGGAUGGAUGGAUGGAUGGAUAACUUCUUGUGCAAGUAAACCAACUAUAUACAGU